AUGGACUCUUCUCUUACUACUACCAACUACUACACCGCAUUGGAAAGUUCUCACGAUGCAACGCAGCAGCAAAUCAGCGCAGCCUAUAAGAGGCUGGCUUUGAUUCAUCACCCUGACAAGACAAGCGGCGAUCAAGCUUCUGCGGAUAAAUUCCGCCUGAUCCAGCAAGCAAUAGAGGUCCUCCGAGAGCCUGCUCUACGGCGUCUCCAUGACGAAAAGCUACAAUUGCCGUCCACGCCUUCUUCCAACAAACGCGGUAGGCGUUACCAUAACUCAGAUGACCGGCGUAAUUGGUACAAGGAGGUCCCAUUCUGGUCAACAGGCCCUGAAAAGUGGAACUUCGAUGAUCCUGCAGAUCGCUAUCGCUUCACAUACGGUACCUGCGUACACAUGGAUCCUGACUCAGAAGCAUCCCGACAAGAGAUGGCACGUCAUGAGCAUGACCAAGAAGAGUGGGCAGAUAGAUGGGCCAGAAUUGAUCCAGAGGUGGAGAAGGCGAAGGAAAAAUACCAAAGGGAGCUCAUGGAGGCUGGGAUAGCACGAGAGAAGGAGGAAGCAGAGAAUAAGAUGCAUAACGACGAGGGUGGACCAACUGAAGAGGAGAAGCGAGCUGAUGAGUACAUGGAAAGUACAGAGGAGAGCAUCGUGAGCGAGGAGGAUUGGCAUUAUUAUGGGCUUGAAAAGGAAGAAAGUGAUAGUCACCGAAAUGUCGUUGAGGUUGGGCUGAACGUGCAGGUUGAUUCAAAUACUGAUAGCACUACCAUGCUAGCCCAACCUGACAAUGUGGCUAAUGGCGGCUGUCUCAUUGACCUGAGCGACCCUGAGCCACCUACACCUAAACCAAAUACUCCUGUUACCCCCAAAGCAAACGAACGCUAUGGACCCAUUGAACCCGCUGAGCCUAUCAAAUCUACCCCUUCCACUCCUCACAACGAGCCUAAAUCUCCUACCAAAGAUAGAGUCACAGAACUCCUGCAACCAUUCAUACCAUUUUUCAAGAUGAAGCUAAGUAGCCCCCGUACUCGAUACUCAGAAGAUGAUAUGUAUGCUGAAAUACAGGGCCUUGUGCUCGAGAUCUACGGCUCCUGGCUUGGGGGCGUUCGGGAUUCUUUGAACGAUAGCAAAUCGUUGCAACAAACAAAGAACGAGAAACAACCGUGCUCGCAUUUGGGUGUCUGGUAUCAGCUUUCUGGGAUACCUGUCUGCCCCAAGUGCCACUUAUGGAUGCCCGUUUUUGUCUUGACUUGCUCAGGUUGUGGUAUCAAGGCGUGCGUUCGGUGCAAGUUUUCUCGCGAUGACUGA